CUCAGCAAGUGUGUUAGACAAUAGACAAGCACCAGCCAAUUUACUAGGAAAAAAAAAAAAAAAAGGCCAGAAUUCAACUACUCUCGCGAUAUCUGGUUCACCGGGAGAUUUGCAGCUGACGUCACUACUUCUCAGUUCCCGCCUCUCAUUCAAUCUACAGUACUUGGCACUGUUUGGAUGCGCGUGCCCGGCCGUGGGAGUUAGGGCGCGCGCUGCUCGGGAACCGUCAGCAGGUCUGGUUGUUUCUGAGUGACGUCAGAAGGGAAGAUUAAACCCGACAAGUCUAAUACCAGUGGCCUUGUGUCAUGCGCAAAGUGUUCUGAUUACGUAUGAAAUAAAGUUGAUUCGAUACACGCAGUCACCACGGGGGACAGACACACACAAAAAAUAAAAAUAAGACUCCGACGUUGCACAGGAUAGAUUCGAAGCAGGCCCAACCGCCACGACUUGAAUGAAAUCUCGCGAGACCUCUGUUUUUCUUUCACACUCUUGUGCGCGCGCGAGUGCCUGUCGAAGAACGAGCCAAGAAGAAGGAAAAAAGCCGGCAAGUCGUGAGCGCGCGCUCUUUCCCUCGCGCCCCCUCUCGCAGCAUCACACUCUCUCCUUGUCCAGACUCCCGCCACUGGCGCGUGGUACUCCAGUGAGUGAGUGUUUUGCCGCCUCGCCCGCAGCUCGGUGUGUGCCAUCCGGCGACUUCACUGCUCGAGUCGGUUUGUAGGCGGUGUGAAUCGGAGGGAGGGCCGGAGUCAUGUCUGAGGAAACCAGCGAGCAUCAACCGCCUCAGCUGGAGGAAGAGCAGCCGCAGCUCGACUCGGGAGCCAGCGAAAAGCCGAAAGAAAAACAUGAGGAGGAGAAGGCGGGCUUGAUGGAGGUGGCCGCGGACUGCCCGGGGAUGGCGGGAGACCAAGCCGAGUCCAAGGAGGACGUGAUCGAGGUGAGACUGGGUUCAGUCAGGCGUGGACCCUGUGUUGUGUAAUGUAUAAUAUAAUCUAACAUGUUCCCCCCCCCACACAGGCCUGGCACGGGGGGCUGCACUCAGCCCCAGGGACCUCUCUAAUCCCUUCCUCCUGCACGGUGUGAGUGCUGUAACUGCGGCUCUGCCUUCAUUGUGUGACCUUGUUUCCUACAGAGUGCUUUCCAAACUUUCAAAGACCUAACUUUUGUUUGAUCGUAAUUCGGCUUCGUUACACUUUCCUCAUUUCCUGUAAUAAAGGCUACAAUCUAGUCACUAAAUUGUGACUUGAAAAUCAUUUUGAAUUCACUUUAAAUGUCUGUCAAGUUUUUAGGCAAAACACAAAGUAGCCGAAUUGGAAAUAUUCUACAAGUUGGCCCUGUUUUCUGAUCGACUGUUUUUUGGCUAAAACUCGAAAUUUAAUGUGAAUUCCCAACAAUUUAAGUUUUAAUGUAGAACUCUAAAAGAGUGUUGAGAAAGAUGGGUGAAUGACAGGAAGAGGUGCAGAGCAUCUGAUGGUCUUAUUAGCUCUUUCCAAUCAGGCGUGGUAACUGUUAUUGCUCAUCUCAUUACUGUAUAGGCCUCUUUCUUUGUUAGCUGAGGAGGCAAGAGUAUGCCCAAGCAACCUUUUGUUCAAAGAAUCCUUGUGGGAAAGGAUAUGCUCAUCACCAGCAUUGCUUUGUGAUGUGAAUGUGGUUAAGAAGAAUCAAAUGUUUUGAUUCCACUUCUCAAUUGCUAGUUCAAUCUACCGUCUUAACAAGAAUUAAUUCAGUGUAAUUUGUGUGCAAACAAAACAUUCUGCUGCUGAAGUAUGUUCUCAAAUAAGAUGUUUAUCACUUUCAUUAUAUAUUUAUUCAACCAUGCUUUGUAAUUAAUUUUUUGUUUUCAGUAAGGCUACACACUUCGAAUUUAAAGAAGAUUGCUGUUUUUUUGUUUUGUUUUUUUUUAGAAGACAUCUGCUGUGGUAGUGCAUUUUCACACUACACACAAGUAUGCUAGUUUUUAUAGUGAUCUUUGUUGUAGCGUCUUAUUGACCACCCUCCGAUUUGUGAUAUCUGUCUAUAUUUAUUUCUCCAAUGUUGUGUCUGGUUUAGUUUUGGAUAUUAAAGUUUAAGCAUCAAAACACUUUUUACACUUUUUAUGAACACCUUAAACCCACUCUUCAUUAGAGAGUAGGCCUUGACAGCAACUUCCAUGGAAGUCCAAAGACGGCCUGUCAAUCAACCAGCCCAGGAAUAGUUCCAGGUUGCUUAUCUCUCUCCUCUCUGAAUCCAUCUACUAGUGAGAAUGCUUCUGGCCAUAGCUCCAUCUUCUUAAAGUGUGAGUUUAAACAUCAUGACCACUACACUGCUUUUGUAGUAGUUUUAUAUAGCUGUUUGGCUAAAAGCACCAUCCCCUUGGGUUAAACAAUUUGAGUUUUGACUCCAAGGCUUCAUAGUUCCUGGUUUCCCCCAUUUAUUUUUGUGUGACAUUGAGUAAAUCAGCUGACACAUGAGCUGUAGUGGUUGUUUCUUAGUGUGUCCCUUAAAAGUGGAAAGUGACAGCUGGUCAUUCGCUCACCCCAUUAAGGGACAUUGAAGGGUUAACUGGAGUGAAAAAUUUAAAAGGGGGAAAAAAAACACCACCUGUGGUGCACCUCUGUUUAGCUUCAAACUGGAUUGUUCUUCAGUUGGUCUAAAAAAUCAUAAACCACCACAUACUAUGUGGGUAUGGUUCUGUUCUGCUAUGGCUGCUGUUCCUCGUGUAGAGGAAACUACGUAUUUUGCUACAUACAGGUUGUUUUUUUUUUUUGUGAUGUUCCACACCCUGAAAUACUUUUGUAAAUCUUAAAGUACAAAGCAAUGUCUUAAAAAAAAUGACACUGCAUACAGUAUAUUGAAAUGGACAGAACAAUACUUGUUCUAACUCCCACUGGUGCAUAUACAAGAAAAUUUAAAUUAACAUGGGUCAUCUAAGCUUCAACAUGGAAAUAUUGGAACUGGAUAUUUUUUCAUCUUACAAUCAUCCUGGAACAUAUCUCAUGUUCACCAGGCAAAAUGCAUGUAAAUACACCCAAAAAGGGUGUUUUCUUAUUUGCAAUUUUCAUCCUUGUCUUUUUGCCAUGAUUCCUGCAGGGAGUUGCAGAAAACAUUAAUUGUGUGGUUGUUUAGUGAUGUCUGAAGAUCUGAAAACCUUAUAUAUUCUAUGGCAAAAACAAAAAUCAAUGGACUAGAUGAUAACUCAAGAUCGAUAUGCAAAAGUAAACCUAGAACAUCAGUGUUUGAUAUUCGUCUCAUUAAACUUAAGUGAUGGUCAUAUCCAUGACUAGGAAAUUCUUUGGAUCUGCAAUGCGAAAUAUCUGUAUUUAGAAUGAUUGUGCAUUUUUGCCAUAGUUACAUACCAUCAUCUAACAGGUACCAGCAUGUUUCAGGAUUUUUAAUUUAUAUCUUCACAUAACUGGUGAUGUUACUCAGCCAACUAGGCAAUUGAAUUCCCAGGUGCCAGGAUGCAUUUACUAGUCACAAUGAUGCAUGAGUUAGGCAAAUUUUUCCGUGUGCGGUUGGAAAAAACCCCUGCAAAUUUGUCUGUAGAUCAUUUGUGCAUGCAGUGCAACUUCAGCAACCACCUUUUGAAUGGAGAAGCAAGCUUACAGUUAGUAUUCUUAAGCUAACUUCGUUUGCACAAUGUAUAGAUUACAUUUUUUUUUUUUUUUUUUUUAACUACCCGAAAAUGAAUGUGCUCACAUAUUUGGGCCAAUUUUAAGGAGCGACUUGGAUGUCAAGGUUUUGGCUAAACUUCAGCUACCUAUACCCUGGUCACUUGCACUGUUUUAAUGUGCAUAACGGUGUUCAAAUUGCCAUUUCCGUGGAUAUGGGAUCAAAUAGUAACUCGUUUGACGUCGUCCUUACUGCAUUCAAGAUUUGCACAAUUCAUGAACAGCAAGAAAUGUGUGCAGCAACUCAGAAAACUCUUCUGGAUUUAAGAGUAAUAAUUUUUGGCUUUUGCCCCAUGUUUCAAGGACCUGAACUGAACUCCAUUAUGGAAGUGAUUACAUUUUUUUUGAACCCCCACAACCCAAAUCCAAAAUAAUGCAACCAAAGCAGUACAUUUUGUUCUGCUCUACUUAAAUGUCAUUUUCCCAGCUGCUAGGAAGUGUUGGUUUUUUUUUUUUUACUUUGUCACAAGUUAGCAAAUUGAGGCAAAAUAUUACAAACCUUUUUGUUGUCAGUUUUGACGCAAUAGCAGCUGUUGGAAAUAACUGACUUUCUAAGCGUACCUCUCACAGCCUUUCAAAUCAUUAAAGCACUUUUGGUUGGUAAAAUGUUAAUUGUGCAUUUUUCCACAUAGGAGGGUGAGGCUGAAAAUGAAGACCAUGACUCUCCUAAUAAAUCAAAGGAAGUCAAUGAAAUGGAUCCAGCCUAUGAAGAAAAAAGGGUACUAAUACUGUGAUUUGCUUUAUCAUUAACAUAGCAGCAAUGCGCUCUUAUUCUAUGGCAAGCUAAUAUUUUAAGGAACCCUUCAAUUGAUAUUUAAGUGUUCAUUUAUCUUUUAAAUAUCACGUACUCUCUGCCUCUAAAAAAAAAUAUAUAUAUAUGUCUCAUUGGAAUAACUAAACCUGUCUAUGUUACCUGUGUUUUAUACAAGUUUGUGAUGGAGCUUAUUUAGUUAGGAAUAACAUAACAGGUGACCAGGGUGUGUGAAAAAUGAUACAAAGUUCUCUAGUGUGAGAGCUUAGGAUACAAAUUUCUACUAAUCUACUCAGCUGUGACAAGUAAGAAAAGUGUAUAGAUGGCAAAUGAGAACAUAUUGCUUCAUGUACACAGAACAUUGAGUGGAUUAGAAUAUUUUGUGGUAUUUUUCCCUGCCUGCUUAAAUAAAUAACCAGCUGAAUCCCCCUCCUUUUUAAGUUUUUGUUUAGGUUUAAAUGGGAUUGGUCAUGCAGCUAACUGACUUUUCACAACAAAAAUGAGUCUGGAGAUGGAACAGUAAAUUGUCUGUCAAAUUUUAUAUACACUACAUGAGUACAUGUUAUUUAAAUGCAUAUUUUUGUAUCGAAUACUAGGUUAGUGUUUGUUUUUUUUUUGUUUUUAAUGCAAGCUAAAAAUAGCAUGCUAUGUAAACACUUUGCUUUAUAGCAGAUAUUUCUGAACUAUGUGUCUGCUUGGCUUUGCUUAUAAUGGGAUUUGUUUUCUUUCACUUGUUUUGUACGUUGGGAAGAACUCAUUACAUCAUCCUUCAGCAUUCCUGCAUUCUCCUGCGCAUGUAACUAUGCUUCUGUGUCUUUCGUGCUUCGCUUUAAUUAGUGUUUUAAGCACCCAAUCAUGCAGUUAUCUUUUUGAAGUGUCUGAUACAUAUUCGUUUACUUUAUUUUUUUUAUAGCAAACUGAUCGGUCCAACAGGUUUGAGUAUCUUUUGAAACAAACAGAGGUAUUUGCACAUUUUAUUCAACCAGCUGCACAAAAGACUCCAACUUCACCAUUAAAAAUGAAGCCCGGACGCCCACGUCUUAAAAAAGAUGAAAAACAAAAUUUAUUAUCAGCAGGAGAGUAAGUAGUCUUUUUCACUUAUUUGUUUUAAUGUAUGCAUUUUAGACUCUAUGGUAAUGUUUACCCAUCUCCUUAAUUGUGUUUCAAAACUUCAUUGUCAGCGUUUGUUUUCAAGAGACACUGAUAAAACUCCUGUUGUGGUUGUAUACAUACCACAAUCAUUGAUACUGGCAGAUUUUGUCAAGUAAAAUAUUUAUCCAAUAUUUACUUCACCAUCGCUUCAUGAAGUAUCUUUGCCUGCAUCAUUUUUGGCAGCCUUUGUAAACUAUGCCAGAAUACUGUGCUCUCAGGACAGCUUAUGGAGCGUUCUUUGUGAGACAAAGAGGGAAUUCUGAGCAAAUAUCUUACAUCCUGCUCUGGAAACUAAUUUUGGAGAAAUCAUUCUACUAUAACAUAUUUGCUACUCUAUAGGUUUGUCAGACAUUUGUCUAGCAGAUUAUAAAGAUGCAUUUAUCCACAGAAUACAACCCAGAAGUAAUGGUCACAUGCGUUCCUCAAAUACUGUUCCUUCCUCAGUACCAAACCUUCAGAUAAAUGAUAGUCUAAUGAAUUCAGAAUUUUAGUUUUACAUUUUUUUUAUUUUAGUUACCGGCAUCGCAGGACAGAGCAAGAAGAGGAUGAGGAACUUCUGACAGAAAGUUCCAAGACAACAAAUAUUUGCACUAGAUUUGAAGACUCUCCAUCCUGUAAGUAAACACAUCUUAUGUAUUCUGCUAGUUCUUCUGUGUUGUCUACUGCAGUAAUUCUUACCAAAUUGAGUUUUGAAUUUUAGGUACCGUAUAUACUCGAGUAUAAGCAGAGUUUUUCAGCACAUUUUUUGUGCUGAAAAACCCCAACUCGGCUUAUACUCGAGUCGGUCUGUAUUAUGGCAAUUUACAUUGCCAUAAUACAGACUGGGGGCUGGCAGAGCUGUUACUUACCUCUCCUGCAGCUCCUGUCAGCUCUCUCCUCCGCGCUGGUCCGGUCAGCACCUCGGUCAGCUCCCAGUGUAAGUCUCGCGAGAGCCGCGGGGUCAUAGUGCAGCUCUCGCGAGACUUAGUGUGAGCUGAGAGAAAAACUGCACGGACCGGCGCGGAGGAGGAGAGAGCUGACAUGAGCUGCAGGAGAGGUAAGUACCAGCUCUGCCAGCCCCCCUCUUCCCCCCAAUGCCACUGGACCACCAGGGAAGGAGAGCCCCCCUCCCUGCCAUGUAUCAAGCAGGGAGGGGGGAUAAAUAAAUUAAUAAUAUAUAAAUAAUAAUAAAAAUAUUUUAAAAAAAAUAAAAAAAAUAAUAUAUAAAUAAUAAAAAUAAUAAUAAAAAAAUAAUAUAACAAUUUUUUUAAAAUAAUAUCAAUUAAUAUAUAAAUAUAAAUAAUAAUUAAAAAAAUAAUGUAACCAAAAAAAUUAAAUUUUUUUUUAUAAAAAUGCCCACCCCCCACCAAAGCUCUGCAUCACACACACACUCUGCAUCACACACACACACUGCAUCACGCACACACACUGCAUCACGCACACACACUGCAUCACGCACACGCACUGCAUCACGCACACGCAUCUGCAUCGCGCACACGCACACUGCAUCGCGCACAUGCACUGCAUCAUACAUCGCACGCAUGCAUCGCGCACACGCACUGCAUCGCGCACACGCACUGCAUCGCGCACACGCACUGCAUCGCGCACACGCACUGCAUCGCGCACUCAUACACGCACUGCAUCGCGCACACGCACUGCAUCGCGCACACACACUGCAUCGCGCACUCAUACACACACUGCAUCGCGCACUCAUACACACACUGCACUCAUACACACACACACACACUGCGCACUCAUACACACACACACACACUGCGCACUCAUACACACACACACACACUGCGCACUCAUACACACACACUGUAAAUAAAUAUUCAAUUAAUAUAAUUUUUUUAGAAUCUAAUAAGUCAAUAAGUUUAAUAAGUUUUCCCAGUUUUUUUGGGUAAAAUUAGGGGCCUCGGCUUAUACUCUAGUAUAUACGGUAUAUAUUUUUUUCAUGGUUUGAUUGUUCUUUUCUAUGCCAUUAAAAAAACAAAAAAAUAUAUAGUUUUGUUUUUUUUUUUCCUCCAAAGUUCGUGUUUCUUUAAAAAAAAAAAAAAAAAAAGUGUGCUUGUAAUGUUUAGAACCCACUAUUGGGGCAUCAUAUUGCAGUUACCCACAACCUUGUAAAAAUAUUCACAAUGAAAAUGCAGUUUGUUUUAGCAGAGGUUUGUGAUAAAAUAGUUACACCAAAAUGUUCAAAAUACUGCUUACUACUUUCACAAAUGGUAAUUUUAAGUUCGGGGUUUUAAAUUGCACGGGGGACAGGCAGGUAGUUUAUUUUUUUUCACUUUGUCCAGUCAGAGGCAAACAAAACCACUCCCACAUUUACUGAAUUACAGGCAUCUAGGCGAGGGAAAUAGCAGAGAGAUAAUUGCUCAGCAUCCUUGUGGUGGAAGUCAGCAGCUGCCACACUGUAUUGGGCUUUCUCGCAAGGUCAGUGCUUGCUCUUAAGGGUGCAAAAACUGCCCUAAAUUAAGAUGUAGAGUAGGUACCUGCCUACCUGUGAGCUAAUGUACGGUGUUUCGUGUAGGGGAGCGAGGGAGAUAUGACAUUUGCUGUGCCUGUACAUCUCACUCACGUUAGUGAGUUGCAAUCAAUGCAGAAAGGUUAAAUCAGCUCCCUGCUGAACCUCAGGGAGAGGAUCCACUUCAGGUCUCCCAACCCUGGAAAUGCAGGCCGAAUACAAUCCUCCUGGUGGGGGUAUUUUUACUUAUAUCCAAAUUAAGACUAUUUUUUUUAAAAGCAAGAUGUUUCCACUUUAAUGAUCUUGUAUGCAUUUGGUUGUGCAUGUAUUGGGAACAAAUAUUUUGAUCAGCACGGCAUAAAUAUGCAUGUCAAUGAAAGAAGGAACGGAAUAUUCAAUUUACUCCUGCCCAAUGGAUCAAAGUGGUCAGAUGAAAGGCAACACUCAAUGCCUAAACCAUAUUGAAUCUAAAAACACACAAAAAAAAACUACUUAUGAGAUUGUAUUUAACUCUUCAGUGAUUAGCACACACAUACCCAGAUGUCUCCAUACCAAUAUGUUGAAGAUGCAAUUCGGAGAUUUGGUCUCUUGUCACAUCUUUUGGCACUGUUUUAAGAUGGGUACCUACUUGUCUCAAGUUCAAGAUUUAAUAACUGUAGUGACCGGGCACACUAAAACAAGUAUUCAUUCUUGACAUACUACCCGAUUAUGCUCUGCAGGAAUAGCUAUAAUUGGGGUCUGUGCUUAGCCUUGCAAUUGCAUCAUAAAAAUGAAAGGUUAUUUGUGUGGAACACAAAAAAAGCUCUUAACAGGAACAUUUGGCACAUAUUGAUAAAAUGAGAAUAUAUAAUUGUCUCUAGAUGUAUACCCUUGCUUGUGUAUUCUUUUAUGAAUCUGUUUUGGUUUUAGUGGCCACUAUGAAUCUUUAUAGUGUCUUUGUCUGUUUUGGUUUGCAACCUUAAUGUGCCUUUUGUAAUAUGUGAAUUGUAACAUACAAAAAUUUAAAAAAAUCCUAUUCAUAUGAAGUAUUCCUAAAAUUAUAUAACCAACAAAUCUAAUUUUAGGUGUUUUUAGCAGCAAUUAUAGUUUAUAAAAAACAGUACUAAUAUAUUUUAUCAUAGUUCUGUCUUAUAGUGAAAUGCUUUGUGUAACAGACAUGUAUAAUAUUGCUAUUUGUUUAUGUGCUCAGAUGUGAAAAGUGGCAAACUGAGAGAUUAUCAAGUUAGAGGACUGAACUGGUUAAUCUCGCUUUAUGAAAAUGGUAUCAAUGGAAUCCUGGCUGAUGAAAUGGUAAGCAAUCCUACCAAAUUUUAUGGUGCUUUUCAUUAUUUGCUUUGUCUGAAUAUUUGACUAACAGUCAGCUUGUGUUGUAUUAUUUUUUUACAGUAAGUUGCAAAUUUGAUCAAUCAAAUACCUGUUAAGUGUCCUCUUUCUCUGGUAAAUAGCUAUGGUUCAUAAAGGAGAGCAGUACCUGUGGGUUGCCCAAUUUUAAUCUGUUAAAGAAAAUACCCUUUGAAGUUAAAAACAUUUGAGCUUUGUUCUGAAUUUGCUUUUUGAAAAAAACAUUUCAGAAUUUUUUUUUUUUAUGCACUAUUUUGUUUUGUGAAUGUAUUUACACAAGUAACAUGUAUCUUGACUUAAUAGGGUCUUGGAAAGACAUUGCAGACAAUCAGUCUUCUAGGAUAUAUGAAGCAUUAUAGAAGCAUACCUGGGCCACAUAUGGUGUUGGUUCCAAAGUCUACCUUGCAUAACUGGAUGGCAGAAUUUAAAAGAUGGGUGCCAACUUUGCGUGCAGUGUGCUUAAUAGGAGACAAGGAUCACAGAGUGAGUAGUCCCUAUUCACAUAUAAAAUCUUUUAAAUCCUCUCAGUAAUUUCAAAAUAAUUUGUUUCCUUUGUUUUUGUGGGUGUUUUCUUCUCUCUCUAGUAAUAGUCCUAAUGCUUUGUUUUUGGUCCACAAUUAUAAAACUGUAAUGCACAUUUUUAUACAAAUACUUGACUAAAUCUUCUACAUUUUUAAUGUGUAUUUCUUUGAAGGCUGCAUUUGUUCGUGAUGUACUACUUCCAGGAGAGUGGGAUGUCUGUGUAACUUCUUAUGAAAUGCUGAUUAAAGAAAAAUCUGUGUUCAAGAAGUUUAAUUGGAGAUACUUGGUAAUUGAUGAAGCCCACAGAAUAAAAAAUGAGAAAUCCAAGGUAAGUUUCUGCUUUUAAGUUAAACAAAAUACUAUAUUUUUAAAAUUGAUUUCAACACGAAUAUAUGUAUAUUUUUUUCUUUCUCUCAACAGCUUUCUGAAAUUGUGAGAGAAUUUAAGACAACCAAUCGUCUACUGCUCACAGGAACUCCACUCCAGAAUAAUUUGCAUGAAUUGUGGGCACUCCUGAAUUUUCUAUUGCCAGAUGUCUUUAAUUCUUCUGAGGUAACCGUAACAUUCCAUUUUUUCCUUUUUCAAAGCUUUGUUUUGUUGCAGUAUCAGUAUGUGCAUUUAAAUGUAUUACUAUUUUAACCUUCUCAGGAUUUCGACUCUUGGUUUGACACGAACAACUGUCUUGGAGAUCAAAAAUUAGUUGAACGUCUUCAUAUGGUAAGUCCUAUUUGUUUUCUGUUCUAUAAAAAUUGGUAUUUUUUUUGUGCGUGUUAUGUCUUCCUUCCAGUGCUUUUGCAGGUUGUAUUUUUGCAUUUGGCUUUUUUUUUUUUUUUUUAAUGGUGUUUCAUUUGUUCAUCCACUUCUGCAUUGAGUAGGAUAAAUUACUGCAAAAGCCUAAAUUCAUAGAACGCUAUAGUCACCCAGACCACUUCAUAUCAAUGAAGUGGUAUGAAUGUAAUGUCCCUUUUGAGAAACUAAUACAAAAAGAAAAGUCUUGCGCUCACUCCCAUCACUCCUGGGUGGCAGCAACGACCACAGUACACAUCAGCUCCAAUACAUAUAGUAAAAAGUUACCUGCGCUCUCUCUUUAAUCCCUAUGUAUAUUUAAACAAAUGGAGGUCAUUUAGUUACUCCAAUAGCCACUAGAGGGAAUACCCGCCUGCCAAUGUCAAGGCAGACCCCCCUAGACGGGUCCUAGUCUGACCCUUCACCUUGCUUCCUUGAGCUUCUGGCAAAGAUGUCUAUUUGGAGUAACUAAAUUACCUCCAUUUGUUUAAAUAUACAUAGGGAUUAAGGAGAGUGUGCAGGUAACUUUUUUUAUCUUUGGUUUUUAUUAUAUGUAUUGGAACUGAUGUGUACUGUGAUCGUUGCUGCCGCACAGAAGUGAUGGGAGUGAGCGCAGGACUUUUCUAUUUGUAUUGACUUUUUGUAUCACACAGGUUACAAUGAUGCCACCCAUCCCAUGUGCUCCCUAUUAAGGGUUAAUAAGUACAUAGGGGUGUAUAUAAAAAAAAUACCCCUUUCUGUCUCAUUAGAGAUCUUUGCCAGAAGCUUAAGGAAGCAAGGUGAAAGGUCAGAGUAAGAUCUGUCUAGGGGGGGUCUGCCUUGACUUUGGCAGGCGGGCGUUCCCUCCAGUGGCCAUUUGAUUAAAUAUUCAUAGGGAUUAAAGAGAGAGUGCAGGUAACUUUUUUCCCCUUCCUUUUGAAAAACUGCAAUGUUUACAUUGCAGGGUUAAGUCCACCUCCAGUGGCUGUCACUAUGACAGCCACUAUAGGCACUUCCACUGCACUGACAAUUAAAACUCAGUCACAUGACAUGGAAGCCCCUUAAAAAAGCAUUGAUUCUAUGCUUUCUUAUGAGGAAGUUUGAUUGCGGAUAAUGCUGGGUUCACUGCAAUUUAGAUCCCUAGUGCUCCUUGAGGAGCAUUGGAUUGGACAACUUAUAAAGGCAGAGAGGCAAGCAGCGCUCAGGGUGGCUUGAUACUGAAACUUGGUAAAUAAAACAUUUAUUUUGCUUUUUAAUGCACCCGGUGAGUGGACAUACCAGCAGGGACAGGGACACUGUAGCAGAUUUGUAUUUCUAGUACUAGUUUUCCUUUUUAAGAAAAAAUGCCUGGCUGCAAGUGCAUAAACGGGGUUUAGUUAAUAGGUAUUUUAUUUUGUUCACAUAAUUUUAGUAUUUUAAAUUAAUUGAGUAGAGACGUGUGAUGUUGAAUCAUUUUCAUAAACGUAUUUAUUUUUUCCUUCUCUCCUUCAGGUAUUGAGGCCUUUUCUGUUGCGUCGUAUAAAGGCAGAAGUUGAAAAAAGUCUACCACCUAAAAAAGAAGUAAAAAUUUAUGUUGGUCUUAGCAAAAUGCAAAGAGAAUGGUGAGAUUUGUGUAUUUGGUGUCAUAUGUAGUGGCAUGUAAAUUGAGCUCUUGUGAUAACUGAAAAUAAAACAAAUUGUACUUGUAAGUAAACAGACUGCAAAAAAUGCUAGGCUUCAGGAAAUUUUUCUUUAAAACAUGAUUUGUUUUAAAGUCUUGUUGUAGUGUAGAGCAUAUUAAUAGUAUAAGCUUAUACGCCAUUAAAGGACCAUUUCACACCCAUGCUUUCUGAAGUGAAUAAUGAAACCCCCUCCUGGCUGUCAAACAGCCAUGGAGGUUUGCUUCAGUUAGCUCCCCUGAAGCAUGCAUGCAUGUAUUCGUUGUGGUAUAUCUACAAAAUAUUCAUUUUAAGUGUGGAGUUGUCUUUUUUUUUUUUUUUCCUUCGUGCACAGAUGAACAUACAGGCUUGUAAUGCUACGACGACAGUGACAAGCACAUCAUGAGUUUUACAUGUAAAUACAGUGUCAUGACAUAUGAGACAUGCACUAUUUUUUUUGUGUUCAUAAACAGGCUAAGCUAUAGGUCUAAACUUAAGACUGUCAAGUCAUAUCAAGUAAAGUUAGGCUACAUUAAGAGCAGAUAUGGCCACCAAUAUUCCCAACAUGACCUUAGACAUAACAGAUUAAUCGUGUUGCUUAUUACUGGUGCCUCUUACAUGAAUAUAACUGCUGUUGAAAGAGUGUUUCAGUGAAAGGCAUGGUGUCUAAUGCUCGAAACAGGUUAGACUUUCAGGAGAGUAAAUGAGAAGAGAUCUAAAAGCUUGGUUUAGAUUUGUAGCUAUAUACAAAACUAGUAUGUUGCCAUUUGACAUGCUUUGUGUAACGGGCAAUCGAUUUGCUCUUAUUUAGAAUAAUCAUGCUAAGGCAUAGGCAAACAGGCUGUGACAGGCAUGUCUGAGAAUAAUUAAUUGGCACUGCUUGUGGGUGAAUGUUUUAAAAAAACACAACUUGGAUUAGAUUUCCACUGGGACAGCAAUCAGUCUGUGAGACACAGAGCACGCAACAUUAGAGAAAAUAAAAUAUAACAAACUAUAGGAGACAUGUCAUCAUUAGCGUAAUUUAGCACAAAAUGGCGACUUCUCAGGCCUCGUGGUUCCAGCCCAUCACGGAUAGACUACCCGAUGCUAGUGGUCAGGGCUUCAUCCAGUUCCCACACCUGGUCGGCAGUGUGAGCGAGGCAAGAAAAUCCUCCGUCCCUAGUUUUGUGCGAGCUGCAGCAAGCCAUGAGCUCUGGGAGUCCCGUUCUGUCCCCUUUUGGGAGUGACUUGGUGCCCUCCAUCUGCGUUGGUGAUGCUUCGGGGGUUUGCCCCUGGUGGCCUUUGGCUUGGGUGGGCUUUCGGUAGGCAAGAUUGAUUCAUGAGUAGAGGUUCUGUGGGAGGGGGGGGGGGGUGACAAAUGCCACUUUCCACAGACGUUUGCAAUGUACUCCUGGAGGAGUAUGGAAGCUGGGCUCCUGCGCACAGACUAUGGACCAGAUCAGCGACUGUAAAGACCCAUAUUUUAUUCUCCCUGGUUUAGGCACUUUCCAUUCGUGCGCAUGGACCAAAACUGCGAAUAGACUUCAGGGGGACUUAGCCGCGAAUGCCCUGUAACUAUUUUCGUCAUGAAAACUUCGCGGUUCCUGGUCGAUUCCCAGCGAUACUUAGCUGCGAUUCUAUGGAACUGUUUUGGGCAUGGGACCAUGCAUGCGGUCGGUCAAAUUGUCUUCCAGGAAAUUCCUGAACCCCUGAACUGAUCUAGGUGAUAUUGGGGCUAUCAGGGGAUGUAACUUUUGUGAGGUUUUUAUGUAUUUUAAGGUACUUUUGGGGUGUUUGGUAAGUGUGUGUUGUGCUUGAAGAUAAUAGAGUUUCACACCGAGAUUUACUCAAUUAUCUCCCAGGCACAGGGGAGGGAUUAUCUUGUUUUGUAUGGGAGUGUCCUGGACCUGGGAGCCAAUGUAAUCAUAUGUAUGUUUUCACUGUAGUCUAAUCUGAUGUCCGGGGGAGGUACCCCUUGCAUGGGGACCUGCAUAUAAAGCCAGUUGUGGCUGCCAAUAAAUAUAUUCCAGCUUGUACUCCCAGAACUAGGUAUCAUCUGGUUACUGGGAGGGGAAAGGGCUAUUCUUUAAUCCUUGUUCCAGUGUGGAGGAUUCAACGGGGAGGGAAGUCCUUGUAAGGACUAGAGCGAAUUCCCCAUUCUGCUCCACGAGCAGUUCCACGCCCCCAGUCAAGCCACUGCAACUGUGGGCAGAAGUGCUGCUGUUUGACCCCUGUCCCAGCUAGGAAGUGGUCCUUGGUGGAGGUACCCAGCUAGGGGUACAGGGGGCUCCGUUAAAAAGAUCACUUCACGGACUGCUGCCAUACGUCAGAAGGAUCUCUUUCUUGCUGCUGUGAGGCGCGCUCGUGGGAAGUAGGUGCCAUUUUGGAUGUCCCCUCCGAGGCUAUGUAGUCUCGAAUGUUCAAUCCCACAGGGCUUUCAGUUUGCAGGUGCGUCAGAUCGGCAUGCCCCCACCGUUCCGGGGGGGGGGGGAAACGGGGCAUAAUCUAGGUUAGUGAGGUAAUGGAGUGGCCGUCCCCUCCACCCAGCUUGUCUCUCUAGGCCUCUGGGGCAGAUUGCAUUUUGUGCUUGGUAGUUGGUGAACUAGGCGAGUUUGUCGUGGAUGUUGAAAUACCCCUGCAACAGAUUAAUUUCAGGUUUUGUCAAGGAGCCCCUGCGACACACGUCUGUCUAAAUUGGCUACCAGGCCCCGUCCCCAGAGCUGUCUUUUAUAGACAUACUCCACUGGCCAAAUGCAACUCCCCAAAAAUCCAUAUUUGGCAGAUAUACCAUUAACCUUGUUACGGUGUUCCUUGUCGUUCCAAUUAUAAUGGGAUUAAAAGCCGUUGUGGUAGCAUGGAACGCUGUAACGACUUUCAGCCCCUGGAGGUCCGCUGUACUCGCCUCCACCGUGAUCCGCUUCGGCAGGACUGCCUGACAGCCCAUGCAGUCUCCCCCUGGCAAACCAGGCCCCGAGCGAUCACAUGGUCCAAAAAGCUGCCCAUAGAGCUGACUGCAGGGGGCUGCUGUACAAUAAAAUAAAAAUAUAUAAGUAAUACCCAAAAUGUGUGUUUUGUGCAUAUGUAAGGCUGCUAAAAGUAAAAAAACAUUUUUGAAAAAAAUUAUAUGUAUUUAUUAUACAUACAUGUAUAAUAUGUUAUAAUUAAACCAUUUUAUAAUAUAUUAUACAUAUUAUGCAUAUAUAUGAUUUCAUUAUAAGUGUAUUUUGAAAUAUAUAUGUGUGUGUGUGUGUAUAUAUAUAUAUAUAUAUAUAUAUAUAUAUAUAUAUAUAUAUAUAUAUAUAUAUAUAUAUAUAUAUAUAUAUAUUUCAAAAUACACUUAUAAUGAAAUCAUAUAUAUGUAUAAUUAUAAAAUGCGUUAAUUAUAAUAUACUUAUACAUAUACACGUGUGUGUACACUGAUGUACUAGUGGAACUUCGCUAAUUUUUUAAAAUGGUAUGCCAUGAUGGGGAUAAUUCUCAUUGCUGGGUUACUAUACGGUCUCAAAGGCAACAUAACCAAUCUGACAAAUUUCAAUGUGCAAAAACGGAAAUGGGCAAGCCUGAUAUUUGAUCCUGUAACUUUACAAAACCCCAUGAAACCUGUACAUGGUGGGGUAAUGUUGUAUUCGUGAGACAUCUCUGAAUACAUAUGUGUAUUAUAUUGCAGCAAAGGCAAACUGUAUUAUGCCAUUCACAGUUAACAUGUCAUGCAGAACUUGAAAAAUGGAAAUCUUAUUUCUCAAAAUGUUUUAGAUUUUAUUCAUAUUAAAUUGUUUCAUAUAUGAAUAUUUGAUGUGAAGUGAAAGCCCUGUUUCUCCUGAACAAAGUGAUGUAUAAUAAGUGUCGGUGCACUUGGUAUGAAAGAUGUAAAUUAUAGUUGAACAUAUUUAUAGCUCGAGUUGCAGGUUUUAUUAGAAUGUGUACAAUUGCCUCUGUCCUUAAGGGGUUAAUUAAAAUGUACAUGCAUUAAAUUAUGCAUUUGUUUCCCCAUUCAGAUUAGAGGCAGUGCUUUACAACAGGGAUUUCUAACCUGGAGGGAAAAAAAACAGACAAACCCUAAAUUUUUAAGCACCUCCCCCAAAUUACCUUUGACACUUUUAGUGUCUUACCUCACUUACCACACUUCUUUGUCUGCUUUCGGCAGAUGAGGUUGUAUCAGGCUUUAUCUACGGUGGCAAGAAGAGCAGUAUGGUUGAGAAACUGGUUGGCUGAUUCAGCAUCCAAAAAUUCUGGGACAUUCCUUUUGAACCAGGCAGACUUUUUGGUUCCAAAUUAGAUGAUCUUUUGAAGCAAAUGAAGGAUGGUAAAGCAUUACCAGAAGAGAACAGGAAAUUGCAUUGGAAUAAAAAGGUUUUUUUAGAGUCCAAUCAGCUUACGGAUGCUCCUUUUGGAGAAACUCUUACAGAGAUCAACAAAGAAGGGUGUUUGAUUACAAGAUAAGAGAAUGUGAUACAAAAGCAUGCAAUUAAAAAGAUUUCUGGGCACUUAUUCAAGACUCUUUUUGGUUCCAAAUCCAGAUGGUUCUUGCAGACCAAUUUUAGUUGUCAAAGCAGUCAACAAGUUUAUUCUAAAAAAGUUUCAUAUGGAAACAGUCUGCAACUCACAUUAUUCAACCAGGAAAUUGGCUUAUUUCUCUAGACCUAAAAGACGCAUAUAUUUAGACAUUCACAUCGCAGAACGCUGCAAAAGAUUCCUACGGUUCGCCAUAAACUUCCAGAGAGACACACUGCACUAACAGUUUGGAGCAUUUUCUUUGGUCUUUCUUCAGCCCCAAGAGUGUUCACAAAGAUUCUGGUAGUUAUUUCCGCAGAUUUAAGGGGAACGGGCAUCAAUGUCAACCCCUCUUUAGACGACUGGCUUUUAAUUGCAGACUCAAAAGAACAACUUUAUCAAGAACUCAGUACGGCUUUAGACUCCCUGAGAAGUCAUGGUUGAUACGUUUCGUAAAGUCAGAAUUAGUACCUAUGCAAAGAAUACAGUUUCUGGGUCUGAUUAUAGACACAGUCAGUAUGAAGAUCUUUCUUCCAGAAGAGAAAAGAAUGAAAAUUGCUCAAGCUAUUCAGAACCUCAGAGGAAAAAGUUUUUGCUCCAUUAGAGAAGCAAGGAGUUUGCUUGGUCUUUUCACAGCCUCAAUUCCAGCAGUCAAUUGGGUAGAAUGCCAGAAUGAGACACCUUCAAAUAAAUAUUUUAAGCUUCUGGAACCAACGAUCGGCUUGGACAUGCCUAUGAAAUUCAACAGUCUGAAGAGUUUUCUCUGGUGGACCUAGUCACAUUUCCUCCAAUCAGGUCUUUCUUUCCAAAUAAAGUAGUUCCGAAUUUUAACGACCGACUCCUCUGGUCUCGGCUGGGGUGCUCACAUGGGAGAAAAGAAACAACCAGGAAUUUGGCUAGUGAAAGAUUUAAGAAGUUCAAACUACAAAGAACUGAAGGCGGUCUGGCUGGCUCUCGUUGCUUUUCAGAUCUAGAUCCAGAAUCAACAUGUCAAGAUCAGGUCGGACAAUUCUACUACAGUAGCAUACUUCAAAAAAAAAAAAGAGGAACAAGGUCAACUUGUUUGGAAAAUCUAUGUUCAAGAAUCAUGCUAUGGUCAGUUUCACCUUUUGUCUAUUUCAGCAGUACACAUAAAAGGAGAAAUCAACGUUCUGGCAGACUCCCUAAGUCAACAUUUAAAACAAGCAGAUUGGUCUCUUUCUUUCCAGAUCUUCAGUCCUAUAACAAAGAAAUUUGGUUAUCGAUAAAUAGACCUGGUGACUUCAAGAUCAAACAAGAAGAUUUGCAUCUUUGAACACUUCAGACAGGCCAGAGGUCUUAGACUCCCUUUCUGUUACAUGGAAUUUUGGCCUAGCCUAUGUCUUUUUCCUUUUUCUCAAAUUCCCGGGAUUCUACAGAAGAUCGGGAUGGAUCACUUGUGCCCCCGGCAGUGUAGGGGGUAUUCCACGAUGCCUCAAUAUCAAGGCAUCGUGUAAUACCCUAAGAGCGUCUGGAAUCGAUCAUACGUCCGCGGUCGCAAAGGGGUUAAAUUCCUUUAAAUAGGCUUUGUGAAAGGAUUGAAACCAGCCACGCUCAAGGUCCAAAUUUCAGCUAUCCGUUACUUCUCAUUCAGAUGUUUGGCUUCGAAUAUUCUAAUCACCAGGUUUUUCAAAGCUUUGUCUUGUUUGGUUCCUACCAUCAGGGAAAUCUACCCACAAUGGGAUCUUUGGUUUUAUCAGCGCUCUGCGAACCUCUGUUUGAACCUAUAGAAAAGUCCUCUCUCAAGGUUUUAUCAUUAAAGACUUUAUUUUUGUUGGCAGUUACCUUGGCAAAAAGAUUGGGAGAACUUCAAGCCCUUUACUUUUUCUUUAGUUUUUCCAUCAGGACAAAGUGGUUUUAAAGCUGGAUCCUUCUUUUCUUCCCAAGGUUUGUUCUACGUCUAACAUCAAUCAAGAAAUGGUUUCAACAACAGCCUUCUAAUGCCUUAGAAGUCAAAUUCCACUGCCUGGACGUUGAGAUCUUUGCUCCAGUACUUGGAAAGUACAAGGCCCUUUAGGAAAACAAACAGACCUUUUAUCUUGUUUCGUGGUCCUAGAAAAGGUUUUAUGGCAUCUAGAGGCUCUCUGUCCAAAUGUUUAAAGGACUCCCUUCGUUUGGCAUAUUCCGCAUCUAACGUUCCUACACCUAUCUCCAUUAAAGCUCAUUCUACCAGAGCUAUGUCCACCUCUUGGGCCCUAAGGGCUUCAGCUACUCCUUCUCAAAUUUGUUCUGCAGCCACGUGGUUAUCUCUUCACACAUUUGCUAAACAUUACAAAUUAGACACAGCCUCGGAAGACGCAACCUGAAGGGAAAAGACGCAAUCUGAAGGGAAAUGCAUUAUAUUUUUACUUAACAUAAAUUUAUUUUUCCUGAAGAUUACUGCUGUAAUUUGGGGGAGGUGUUUAAAAAUUUUGGGGUUUUCCUGCCUGUUCUUUCCCUCCAGAUUAUAAAUCUCUGUUGUAAAGUACUGCCUCUAAUCUGAAGGGAAAUUUUUUUUACGGUAAGUAAAAAAAUUAUGCUUUUCCAUUGGGGGAUAUAUCUAAAACUUGCAAAAGCUGCUGAUUUCUUGUUAAUCUUUCCAAUCCCAGACUUUCUGUGAUUGUCCACUUACAGACUUCUCAUUGCAGUUUGUUGAGAAGUUAUUGCCUCUUGAGUCUAGCUCAACUGAGGUAAACAGCCAGAAAGUAACAGGACCAGUUGUCUGACAGCCAAGGGUUGUAAAAAGGUCAAUUUGUAACAUCAUUUAUUAGUCUAUUGAAAUCUGCACUUUUUUUUUUUUCUAGUGCUAAAGUGCUUGUAAUGUUAUUGUAAGAGAUGGGUUUUCAGUUUUGUGGGUAUUUCUCCAAAUGCAAUGUGAGUGGCAUGCACCAAUAAACUGUGUUCAUUGAGGGAACUUUUCAUACUUUUACACAGAUAAAAUGUAAAUUGUGGCAAACCUAGCCACUUGGACAAUAUAAAGAGACUGUACCUUUAAGGGUUGCCUGUAUGUCGGUGGGAAUAUGUGUUUAAUUAUGCAUAAUGUAUGCUGGCUGUAAUACUGUGUAUUUCCUGUAUUUGCUAUCUGCCGAAUGCAGAUAGCUAUUUGUAUUGGGUUUUCCUUUCGUUUCACGAACGGCACUUUUGCGGGCCGUUCGUGAACCGAAAACACUCUACAUAGUAGCCCACACACUUAGAGGCGUGUGGCGCUUGUUAAUCGGUAACAAUGUUAGGUAAUUAGAGGCUCUCCUAGGUGGCCGCCGUUCGACUACCGACCAUGCGGCGGUCGGCCAUCUUGGAUCCUUUGUUCCCUCAGCGGUGUUAGGUCGUCGAGCGCAUGGUACUAAAAACGGCUACUCGACAACACCGCUGAGCCUCCAGGCCGUUCGGGAGUUCCGGGCCGUUCGGUAUUUCAUUCCCUGGAAGGCAAUCGGUCAUUUUAAUAUGUCUUUUAAUAAAUGUGUUUUUCGUGCGGCGUUCGGUUGUUUUAGCUGGGAUCUGAGCGGUAAUCUCACGAAUGAUGCGCUCAGACCCCAGCUAUCUACCGAACGUCCAUUCGUUUAAAUAGACCGCAUAUUCAUAGAGUUAUACAUUUUUAUACGAAUUGUAAGUUCUGCUGCACAGAGGGAUAAUCCACUUAACGGUAUAUUCCAGUGGGAGGAUCCCUCUCGUGCAGCAGUGCCUGAUGGGAGAAAUGCCCUGUUUUGUAAGUCCCCCAUGUAGUCCACUCUGGGAAUGCCCCUGGGAAGGGACUCAGGAAACCCCUUGCAUGGGGACUUGUAUAAAUUGUGAAGCUGAAUUAAAAGACCUCAGUUGACUCUCAGAACUGUGUUUCGUCAGUUUACUGGGAGUUUUGGGAUAUUGCCUUGUUGUUUCCAGCGCUUGACUGUGGAUUAUUUCCUGAACCAGCGGAAUUCGUGGAUUUAAUAUUGGCGUUCCGCUACAUAAAUCUUUUUCUUUUAUGUUUACUCCCUGUAGGUACACAAAGAUUUUAAUGAAAGACAUAGACAUUUUGAACGCUUCAGGAAAAACUGACAAGAUGCGACUUCUAAAUAUCUUGAUGCAGCUGAGAAAAUGUUGCAACCACCCUUAUCUUUUUGAUGGUGCAGAGCCUGGGCCUCCAUACACAACUGACAUGCACUUGGUUACAAAUGGAGGAAAAAUGGUAGUUUUAAACAAACUUCUUCCCAAACUAAAAGAGCAAGGUAAUGGGAACUUUCUUUGCAAUGUGUCUAAUGCAUUUUGCAUGCAUCUCAAGGCUUAAGUAAAAUGUUGAUAAUUUUUAGUUGUAGAGCUAGCAUUUUGAGCCCAAAAUAAUAUAUUCAUAUUUAAUAGGUUCUCGUGUCCUAAUAUUCAGCCAAAUGACAAGAGUCUUGGAUAUUUUGGAAGACUACUGCAUGUGGAGAAAUUAUGAAUACUGCAGACUUGAUGGGCAGACACCACAUGAUGAUAGACAAGUAAGAUUUUUAUUUUUCUAUACUUGGAGCCUUGGUCUUUUUAUUGUUCUCUAAAUGUUUAACAGAUUCAAUUUUUUGCAGGAAUCCAUUAAUACGUUUAAUGAACCUGGUAGUUCAAAAUUCAUCUUUAUGCUGAGUACACGUGCUGGAGGCCUUGGAAUUAAUCUUGCUACAGCUGAUGUUGUCAUCAUAUAUGAUUCAGACUGGAACCCACAAGUAGAUCUUCAAGCAAUGGUAUGUAAUGCAGACAACAAAGAAAAUAGUUUUAUAUUGCAUGGUAACAGUUUGUGAUUGCGCCAUUGGUAAUUAUUAAGCGUGAGUGUUCCCUUGCACAUCUCUUUACUUGCUAAACGUUUUUUAGAAAUUAAAAGAACACUAUAAGCGCCAAAACACAUUUAGCCAAAUUCAGUGGUUUUGGUGUACAGAUCAAUUCUUUUGCAGUUUAGCUGCUCCAUUCUCUGCCACUUAAGAGUUAAAUUACUUUAUUUAUGCAGCCCUGGUCACACCACCUCUUCAUAUGAUCUACACUUUCCUGUAAAGAGAUUUAAUGUUUGUCUGCAUAGUGCUUUAUAACUUCUCUUGCCGUGUGGACAGAUCUGAUUAAAAAUGAACCAUUUUUUUCUUAGCAUAUGCUGGCAGUACUCAAGUGGAUUGUACUUCCUAUGUUGGGGCAAGCAAUCUAAACAAAAUUAAGUUUCAAAUGCUUCUCCUACCUAAUCUAUAACGCUCUCCAUGCCCAGGCAUGUCAGUUCCUCCUUGUCCCAACAUGGGACGGGCAAAGUAAUCUCUCAUAGUUGUUGUCAGGGGGACACGGCCCGAUAGUUUCCUGGGUGGAAAGGGGAGUUAGUCAUCAAGGCCAGAAUUAUCUUCUGGAGAAUAUUCUGCUUCAGAAGUGUCAGAUUCAUCACGUAUGUCAUCUAAUGUGGAGAUGUGAUUUCCAACAGGCAAACUGAGAAUGUUUAGGAGGUCACUUGAGUUUUAAAUGAGGAUUCAUGCUCCAAAGGAUGAAAUGGACGUUCAGGUUGCUCAGUUAUCUAAGAAAACAACCAUACCAAUUGGAGAAGUGUCCGGUCUAAAAGAUCCCAUGGACAAACGAGCAGAAACAUCUUCCAGAAGAGCUUUUCAGUCUGCUGGUUUUCAAUGCAAGGCAGCAUUGGCAGGAGCAGCUGUUGCUAAAGCCCAAAAUAUUUGGGUGCAAGCAUUGGAAGACUGUUUGGCACAGACAAAGAUUUAUCAUAUAUUAUGAUGAAUUUGAGGUUAUCUAACGAAUAUGUCACAGGUAUGUUAGAGAUGCUCGUAUUCUGGGUCUAUCCCCAGUGACCAGAAGAGCUUUAUGGUUAAGAUCUUGGACUGUUGACACUGCUUUAAAAUUGGCUGUGUAACUGCCAUUAGAAAGACAAACUAUUUGGAAUGCCUUUGGAAGACAUCAGACAACUAUCUGAAACCAAGAAUGUUCUUCCUCAAGAUAAACCGCUUAUUGGAAACUGUUAUAAGAAUUGUUAGUUUCGCACAUGCAGAAGUUAUUGGUAUCAAGGCAGAUUCAUGAAUUUUCAAGGAUACCAAAAAGAUAAAUUUGGCUAGUAGAACAGUUGACAUGAUAAAGAGUAGAAGUCUCCAAUACUUUUAUCACGCUUCGUAGCAGACCACCAAAACAUCUUGGGUUCUAAGCAUUGUUGCCGACAGCUAUACUCAAGUUCACAGCGAAACCAAAGACAAAGUUCAUCUUGCCUAUCAAAAGUAAAGUCAGAAUUUCUUCUACAAAGAAAAGUUGGCCAGAGGGAUUAUCCAAAAAUCGAGAUAAGGGGGUAACCCUAGGAUAAUGAAACAAAGAGAGAAAUCUGUCCCUAUGAUGGAGAAUUAAUAAUCACGAAGAUACUUUAUUGCUACCUAAAAAGUUACUAUAAGUACAAUAUAACUGUCUAACUCAGACAGAGAAAAAAAAUAAACGGUAUAAUAUGUAAGGGGCAUACAACCAAGGGAUAAGGGGAGUAAAUAAAGAAAAAACACAAGAAAAAAUAAAUCACAUAGAUCCAAACAAAUGAUCUGGAGCAAAGCUAAUGACCGCAAUCUCCAAGAUCAUGAUGUAAUAAAACCAAAAUAACAAGCCAAGCGAAGCUAAUUUGAAAUAUAUAAUGGAAUCAAACACUAAAGUGUGGGAAGGAAACUAUUAGAUAUGUAGACAGCUGGCUCGAUGUCGUCAGCCUGCUACAUAUGUUGCGAUAAUGUAUUGCUAGGUAAGUUCAAGAAAUAAUGUGAUUCGUAACAUUUGGUUCACAGUCAACAGCCUAACGAGGGAAUGUCGAGCCAGAGUGAACUGUAAAUUAAAGAUCUAGAAUAUUCGAUAAUAUCUAGUUCUGUGCAGACAAAGCUAGCUAAAUAGUAUGAAAAUCAUACAAUUCAAUAGAACAUGUAGCACUGCACGACCCAAAUAUAGCACGAUCAGUGCGGCCACUAGAUGUCUAACAAAAACGACUUAAUAUCUGAGAUACCUAAAUAGAGAGCACCUAAUAGAUAUGAAAAAAUAAGAAUAGUGCCUUCAUGGACACUAGUGACCGUAAAGUAAAAAGAAAGUAAGAUUUAACAGAGCAAGAAGCUCAAAAGUUAGUAAUGAUAAAGUGUAGUGGCAAUUCGCUAAGCUUUAAGCAGUACCCUGAUCGGUAUUUUGCUUCCCAAUAACUAGAAGUAGGUUAGAAAUCAGCCAAAUUCUAGGAUUACCCAAAAUAAUUACUGGGUUGUCAUAGGCUAUACAAUCUAAACCCCAGCGCAAAUGCCGUGAGGGAGAGAGGGAUGCAGACAGUGUUAUUGGAACUGAUCCAUAUGUUGCUUCCCGCUAGCUUGAAUGGCUAUCAAUCAACCCAAUACUAGAGGUACUCAAAAUGAUCACUGGGUUAUCGCAGGCUGAAAAGUUUAGACCACGGCAACUAGAGAGGAGAGGGAUGCAAAACGUGAAUGUCGGGGGAAAAAAGUCAGUGUCAAACCUGACGAGCCUCUAAACCAGGCGAAACGCGCGUCUGGUUUGACAGUCUCCUGACUUUUAUCCGACAUUCACGUUUUGCAUCCCUCUCCUCUCUAUUUGCCGUGGUCUAAACCUUUCAGCCUGCGAUAACCCAGUGAUUUUGGGUACCUCUAGGAUUGGGCUGAUUGAUAGCCAUUCUAGCUAGCGGGAAGCAACAUAUGGAUCAGUUCCAAUAACACUGUCUGCAUCCCUCUCUUCCUCACGGCAUUUGCGCUGGGGUUUAGAUCGUAUAGCCUAUGACAACCCAGUAAUUAUUUUUGGGUAAUCCUAGAAUUUGGCUGAUUUCUAGCCUACUUGUAGUUAUUGGGAAGCAAAAUACUGAUCAGGGUACUGCUUAAAGCUUAGCGAAUUGCCACUAUAUCAUUACUAACUUUUGAGCUUCUUGCUCUGUUAAAUCUUAAUUUAUUUUUACUUUACGGUCACUAGUGUCCAUGAAGGCACUAUUCCUAUUUUUCUUAUUUUUUUUUCAUAUCUAUUAGGUGCUCUCUAUCUAUUUAGGGAUCUCAGAUUUUAAGUAGUUUUUGUUAGACAUCUAGUGACCGCACUGAUCGCGCUAUAUUUGGGUCGUGCAGUGCUACAUGUUCUACUGAAUUGUAUGAUUUUCAUACUAUUUAGCAGGCUUUGUCUGCACAGAACUAGACAUUAUCGGAUAUUCUAGAUCUUUAAUUUACAGUUCACUCUGGCUCGACAUUCCCUCUUAGGCUGUUGACUGUGAACCAAAUGUUACGAAUUAUCACAUUAUAUAUUGAACUUACUUAGCGAUACAUUAUCGCAACAUAUGUAGCAGGCUGACGACAUCGAGCCAGCUGUCUACAUAUCUAAUAGUUUCCUUCCCACAUUAUAGUUUUUUAUUCCAUUAUAUAUUUCAAAUUAGCUUCGCUUGGCUUGUUUUGGUUUUAUUACAUCAUGAUCUUGGAGAUUGCUUCAUUAGCUUUGCUUCAGAUCAUUUGUUUGGAUCUAUGUGAUUUGUUUUUUCUUUAUUUACUCCCCUUAUCCCUUGUUUGUAUGCCCCUUAUAUAUUAUACAGUUUAUUUUUUUUCUCUGUCUGAGUUAGUUAUAUUGUACUUAUAGUAACUUUUUUGGUAGCAAUAAAGUAUCGUCGUGAUUUUUAUUAAUUCUCUAUCAUACGGACAGAUUUCUCUUUCUUUGUGUCAGAAUUUUUUCUGGCAGAGUUAAAGGACCACUACAGUGCCAGGAAAACACUGCCCUGAGUGUGCCCCCACCCUCAGGGACCCCCUCCCGCCGGGCUGGAUGGCGCGGAAAGGGUUAAAUCUUACCUUUUUUCCAGCGCCAGGCGGAGAGCUCUCCUCCGCCGCCUCUUCGGCUAAAUGCGAAUGCGCGGCAGGAGCUGUGCACGCAUUCAGCCAGUCUCAUAGGAAAGCAUUCAUAAUGCUUUCCUAUGGGCGCUUGCGUCUUCUCACUGUGAUUUUUCACAGUGAGAAGCACGCAAACGCCUCUAGCGGCUGUCAAUGAGACAACCACUAGAGGCUUUAGAGGCUAGAUUAACCCUAUUAUAAACAUAGCAGUUUCUCUGAAACUGCUAUGUUUAUAAUAAAAAAAAGGGGUUAAUCCUAGAGGGACCUGGCACCCAGACCACUUCAUUAAGCUGAAGUGGUCUGGGUGCCUAGAGUGGUCCUUUAAUCUCACUCCUAUUAAAAAAAAAAAAAAAAAAAGUUUGUGAAACAGUCCCAAAGAAACAGGAAUUCAAGGGUGUAUAUUCUCACCUCUUUCUAGUCUCGAAACAGGAUCAGUCUGUUAGUCUGGUAUUCGAUUUAAAACAAUUGAACAAGGUCAUCCCGAAUGUGAAGUUUCAGAUGGAAACUAUUCUUUCAGCCACUUACAUUUUGCUAAAAUCAUUGACCCAUUAGACCUCAAGGACGCUUACUUGCACAUGGGCCUGUACAAUCCUCAAUGGGGACCAUUGGACAGUGUGUAAGUCAGUUAUCUCUCUUCUCUCUUCUCUCUCCCCCCCCCCCCCUUUAAAAAAAAAAAAAAAAAAGGAUACUAAGUAAACAUGUGUCGAGAGUCCUGCUCAGCUUCAGGUUGUGGCUGCAGUGUACGCAUCUGAGAAGGCCUUCUGGGGGACAAAGGGGAUGACUUUCGCGGGGGCUCCGCAUGAACUUGGCUUUGGCCAACAGCUUCCUCUAGAUCUCGAAUGGUGUGUGUGUAGUUUCCCCUCAGGAACUGGAGCAUUCAUGGAGGUCACUAUCUGUAGUGAAUGUUGUGUGUUUUGAGCAGCGCUGUAAAGGGUUGCAGGGACUUCCUUCACUGUAGGGUGCCACCAGAGAGAUCGGCAAAAAUGUGAGCACCAAGUUUUCUAAAGAGUAUAAUGCUGCCUUUACUUACGCAUUAUAAACUACUGGCAAAGCGCACCACCUGAUCCCUCAUUGCUGAUUUCUGAGCUCUCCAGGGCUUUGGGUCUCGGAACAGUCAGUCGAAGGGCAUACUCUUGGUCUGUUUAGGUGGCAGAUCUGAUAUUCAUGCCCAACCUGGGCUUCUUGGUCUUGCGACCUAUGGUAAGUACAGGUGUCUGUCCCCUCUUUCGGUGUUUGAGACUGCUUUCUAUAUCAACAAUAGUGGUGCAUUACCGUGCCCAUGUAUUGAGUGUCUGUCCAUGUCUGCAGCUAGGCUCUGCCUUCCCUGCACCACUUUUAAUAUUCACUUUAGUUUAUGUUGCUUGUAAGUAUUCUUUGGUGUAUAUAUUAAAAACCAGUGUUUCCUAAUAUAAUGGAUGUUUUUCUUUUAUCCCCUCAGGACAGAGCACACAGAAUUGGUCAGACGAAAACUGUGAGAGUGUUCAGAUUCAUCACAGACAAUACUGUUGAAGAACGUAUUGUUGAGCGUGCAGAGAUGAAGUUACGUCUAGAUUCAAUAGUUAUUCAGCAAGGUAUGUCUUUUUGAGCUCUGCUUCUUGAAUCACCAUGUGAAUUUUCAUGUUUUGGCUUUGAGUUUAAAAGGACACUAAGCAGCAAAACAAAUUUAGCUUAAGUAUUUUUUUGAUGUAUAGAUUGUGUUCUUGCAGUCUCACUUCUCAAUUAUCUGCCAUUUAAGAGAAAAAUCACAUUUGUUUAUGCAGCCUUAGCCACUCACACAGCCCCCCUUCUAGGCUUUCUGAAAAAAUCUAAUUUUGAAAUGUACUUUAUUGCACAUUGUUUAAAUUUUAAUUUUAGAAGUACUUCUCUUAUAUGCUAGUGCAAUACUAAAGUUCAAUUAGCAAACUUAAUAGAAUUAAAAAAAAUAUAUGUGAUUGAUAAUCUGUCUUCACAAAUGAGUAUAAGAAAUCCAUGAUGGGUUCUGCCCAAUGUCUUAUGAAAGAUGUGAGAUACUAAUGCACAGAGGAAGUGGUUGAUAAGAAAGAAGCCAUAAUUCCAACCCUGGAAAUGUAAAGCGACACUAGUGACCAGUGUAAUGUAGUUGUUCUGGUAUCUAUAUCCUGUCCUUGCAGAUAUUAUGUAAACGCUGCCUUUUCUCUGCAUGCUCAGUUUGUGGCAUUCUGUACCAGUGGGUGUGGAACUUAUUGGAUCUUAUCCAUUAUGUGAAAUUUAACUUAACCACCAGCAACCUGUUUCCCUCAUCAGAUCUCAUGAGUGGAACUGUUGAAUAAGAUGAUGGCAUCCAUACCAUGUUGGUCGUUUUUUUUUUUUUUUUAUUUAUUUAUUUUUUAAAUAUUAAGUGUUCUCUAAAGAAGCUGACCGCAAGGUACUGACCACAUUAAUAACGGUGUUCUCUAUCAACAUGCCAUGUCAUUGUAAUAGCAGGACUUUGUGCUAAAUUGGGAGCCGAAGGUGUGCAGUGGGGUUUAUGGACAAAUUUUACAAUAUUGGUUAGAGGAGCCUCUACUACAUAAUUUGUAAGUCUGUCAGGAAGAGAACUCCUGCAUUUUGCAUGGGUGUUUGAGUUGAUAUCAAAGUACCUCUUAGGUAAAUUACAUGAGCUUGAUCAAACUUUGGAAAUCACAGGUAUCUGGAAUUUUAGGCUCAGUUGACUUGGGAUUAAGUUUAGCCAUUGUAGUUGCAGUAUUAAAGGGAAAAGGCAAAAUAAUUGUAUGUGGAGAUACAGAACCAUGUGACUUGCUUAACAAGAGUAAGCGACUCUUUUUGUAAUGCCUGGCUUGUGUUUAAUAAUAAAAAAAACAUUGUUUUCUGAAUGUAUCAUGUUCACAUAUUGUCUUAUCUUCAUCAGGAAGGUUAGUGGAUCAAAAUUUAAAUAAGUUGGGAAAAGACGAAAUGCUUCAGAUGAUCAGACAUGGUGCUACACAUGUGUUUGCAUCAAAAGAUAGUGAAAUCACAGAUGAAGACAUUGAUGCAAUUCUAGAAAGAGGUGAAAAGAAGGUAAGGCCAUUAACAUGACAUUUUGUUCAAAUGUUACUCUGACUACUUGUUAAUAGAUACAAGUUGACCUUUAAAUAUAAAGCAUGUGGAAAACAUCAUUUGUCAUGCCCCAAACAACUUGUGUUCAUUAGAGAAAAUUGCAUUAAUUCUGUCCAUUGUGUUAGUAGUUUUCUAAGUAAAUUAAUAAAUCGGGAGAAAAAAAAUAGGCAUUUUUCCAGCUGUUAGUGAAUGCCAUCUGCUUUCCUGAGCAGAGCAAGCACAGCACAUGCUGUCUGGGGAGUAGAGGAAUGGAGUGACAUGACCUCACUCUGUUCAGACGCUGGCAAUGUCGCUCAGAGGUUUGCCCUGAUUGGAAAGGUCACAAAGAAGGGCAAAUCAAAGAAGACUGGAGGAUGAACAGAGGAUGGCUCAGAGGUGGGUGUCACACGAAGAGGAACACCCACAAAGCUUGAAGAUAACAGCGCUGGAACGAAGGAGAGGUGAGUAAAUCUCUAUAUUUUACAUUGAAUACAUUUGGUAUCCCUGUGAGAGAUGGUGUAUUCACUGUAGAUGGGUGUGAUUUCACAUGUCAUUUUUUUCACAACAGAUUCACUUUAACAAAACCAUGCACAACAAUAGUGCUUUCUAGAAUGAAUACAUUAAAUAUAAACGGUGUUAAAUAAUUCAUUGUUGUAAAUACUAUUUAUCUGUGAAUAUUGGAGUAGGAAGAUGUUUUUAGUUUUCAUUAAAUGGUCACUUUAAGCACCAAAACAAUUUAAUCUUUAUGAAUGUGUUUUGGAUGGAUAGUUGUUGUCCCUCUUUUGUGUUCUAUCUAAAAAUGCUAAACAUUGCCAUUUCUCAUAAACAUCAUUGUUUAAAUUUGCCCACAACCAAGCAUCUAGAGGCUGUCAUCCACUAGAGGCAAUUUUUCAUUGAAGACCUUUGAAAAUAUAGUCUUUAUGUUCAGAAUCGCCAUACCCAGCAUUGUGACCUUUUCAGUCUUCUAUAAGAAGCAUUUAAUUUCCCAGCUAUGCAUGCCUUCUGUGUCUCCAGUGAUUCCGUAUAAGAAGCAUUGGACAAAAGUCAUAACUGAGACACAUUGGCUCCAACAAAGGGGUUGAAGUUGUUUGAGUACAAGUGUGUUUUAUCGUUGGUUUUUUGUUUUUAAUCUGGGUAAUCUCAUUUUAUAAAAAUCUACUUAACAUUAGUGUGUGCCUUGAUCUCUAUUAAUGUGGUGGUGAAAAAAGCGAAGGAGGCUUUCUUUUCUUUUUUCAUAACUGUUAUAAAAAUCUUUGUUUAUUGAAUAGAAAAAUACAUUUGUAAAUGUUUUUUUUCAGACCGCUGAAAUGAAAGAGAAACUCUCUAACAUGGGUGAAAGUAACCUGCGGAACUUUUCAAUGGAUACUGAAUGCAGUGUGUAUAAUUUUGAAGGGGAAGAUUACAGAGAAAAGCAAAAGGUAUUAUUUUCAUGAUCUUGCAACUUGUUGCAUUUUGAUUUCUUAAUGUCUUUAGUGUAUGUUUCUUGUUACAACAUAGUUUGCAUUUGUUUGGUUUGAUGUACCACGCUUCAUAUAUAGCUGUAUAAAUUUAGAGGGACACUAGUCACCUAGACCACUGCAGCUCAUUGAUAUGGUCUGGGUGUAAUGUUCCAGUUUUUGAGAAACUGCAAUAAUUACUUUGCAUGAAUAAGACUGCCUUUAUUGGUUGUUCCCCCACCCCCCUCCCCUUCACACUGACAUUGGUGCUGGAAUUGGGUAAGUGAUUUUAAGGUUUUUUUUUUGUUUUGUUUUUGUUUUUUGUUUUUUUGUUUUACAAUUUAGUUGCCAUAGGUGGUGUGAUGGAGGGAUUCCUAAAACUUCAGAAUCCCUUUGAGUUCAGACCUGUGCUGCAUUUUCUCUAGAGACCGGAGAUCUUCAUUAGUACUGCAUUCCUUGCUUUUUAAAUGGUUGGGCCCGUCGAAUAAUUUACAAAAACUUAGUCAAAAUACCUUUUACUUUUAUGUUUUAAUAUUGCUAAAAACAUGAUGUAUGAAUAGGUUUUCAAAUAAAAUGUAGACUAAUAGAUUUGUAGAUUCACAGUUGAAUUAAAUUAUGUUAAUUAAUAAGUCUGUAUUAGGUGCUUUAAAAGUUCUGGUGGUUAUUAUAAACAACAAAUAGCUUUGUAUUUUAUAACAGCAUUUUUUUUCUAUUAUAGAUGGCAUUUACAGAAUGGAUUGAGCCACCAAAGAGAGAACGAAAAGCCAACUAUGCGGUGGAUGCCUAUUUCAGGGACGCACUUCGUGUCAGUGAGCCCAAAAUACCAAAGGUUGGUGUAAUGUAUGUUGUCAUGUAGAUUUUAUGGUUUUGUUUGAUUGAAAACAGGUUGGUUUGUGUGUGUGUGUUUUUUUUUUUAAAAGGGUCCCUAAACUGUCCAUUGCAUAUUUGGGUGGGUUUCAGAAAAUUUUUUCUUCAUAUUUAUCCCUCCAGGGAAAGAUGCAACCUAAUCAUGUAAUCAUUAUAGCAAUAUGUCAGGCAGGUAAAGUGUACCGUUCAUGGCACAAACUGUUAACAGUAUAUAUAGUGCUAGGAGCCCUGCUAGCAAAUGUAUCAAUUACUUUUUAACAACAGAUUCUGUAGCCUAAAUUGAGUUACAGAAGAGUGCAUGAAAAAUCCUCUUAUAACCACUUUUCCUGAUUUCCAUCACAGCAAUUACAGCACAUGUGCUAUAGUUGCUGUUUUUAUUCCUCUGUAUAGUGCUUCAAUCUUUGCCAAGAAGGUAUAGGAACGAAGCGAAGUCACUCCACUCUGCCAGUGUUUUGUUGUCAAAUUGAGGUGUGCCUUGCUUGGGAAAAUGUUCCUUAUCAGCAUCAUUUGCAUAGAAAGAGGGCAGGUGCAAAUGGGAGGGUGAUACACUGGAUGUAACACUCACGCUGCACGGGAGAUAAGUAAAUGCUGAACUGAAAAGCAAUUCAAUCCUAUAAUUUCUGUGAUGAGCAUUGCUUAAAAUGUCACAUUUAACACCAUAACAACCUAGUCAAGUUGCUGUUGUGCAAAGACCCUAUCCCUGCAGCAUUUCUUAAGCAAAACUUGUAAAACAUAUAAAUUUGCUAUUUAGCAUUGGAUUCCAUUUUAUACUAGACUGAAGCUGAUCUUUUUACUUCUUAAUUUUGUGAUUGACAGUUUUACUUUUAAUAAUAUCUCUUAUGUUCUGAUGUAUGCAUAUUGUUUAUUUCCUUGUUUUACGUUCAGGCUCCUAGACCUCCAAAACAGCCAAAUGUUCAGGACUUCCAAUUCUUCCCCCCACGUUUGUUUGAAUUGUUGGAAAAAGAGAUUCUCUAUUACAGAAAAACAAUUGGAUACAAAGUAAGAUUUGUGUUCCAUAUCGAAAAUGUGUUUAGUUUUUUUGUUAUCUAUUCUUAAUUUGAAUUUUGAAUUGUGAAUGCUCUUUUAUUUAGGUUCCACGCAAUCCUGACUUGCCUAAUGCAGCCCAGGCACAAAAGGAAGAACAGCUUAAGAUUGAUGAAGCAGAGCAACUUAAUGAUGAAGAACUUGAAGAGAAAGAAAAACUGCUUACACAGGUAUCACGGUUUUGUUUUAAGUUUACUAUUGGUACUUACAGGUGUUAAGCAUUACUGAUACGUUAAAGGAACAUUCCACGCACAAUAACUACUACGGUAAACUGUAUUUGUCAUCAUGCCAGGCAUCCCAUGUGCGCUUCCUCCCUAUUGUAUGUAAUCAAACCAUUUGAGGUUUUACUUUAUACACAUGGGUCGCUGGAGCUUGUUAGCUUUCUUGAGCCAAGCACUGCAGUGGAGAGCUAGCACUUGGCAGGGAGCAUAUGCUGGUCACUCCUGGUUAAUGAGGCAAACCCUGAACUUCUGGGCUUGGUGUCUGAGGUAGUGGAUUGGGGAGUGGUGGGUGGUAGACCAUAGGUAACUAGGGAAGCUGUAGGGGUAAUGGUGCCUGGAGUGUUCCUUUAACCCCUUAAGGACACAUGACGUGUGACAUGUCAUGAUUCCUUUUUAUUCCAGAAGUUUGAUCCUUAGGGGGUUAAGUUUUUUUUUUUUUUUUUUUUUUAAUAUGUAAAAGCAUUUGUGACUUGUCUUUGUGAUGCAAGGACCAUAUAUGUGCAGCAUUUAUUCUUAAAAUGCUGCCAUCGCAAAGUUAUAUUCAUUUUUCUGCUCUGGUGUCAUGGCAACGGUCAUUCUCAUAUUGAGAAUUGUGGGCUGGCUGUCAGGUUUUUUUUAACACACUACUGGUAUUGGAUGGAAAAAUUGGCACACUGCCAGGAGUGUCACCACAAGAGGACCAUGCAGAACUCCCACAGAGGUUAACCGUAUUAACACUAAUGAAAAUUGGGGUGUAGUUUGAAAAAAGAUCUGAUAUUCAUAAUAUGAUUUUUUUAAAAAAAAGAGAAAUUCUGAAAAUCUGAUAUUCAUAAUGAUUUAAAACCAUUGUAUACAUAUACACCCAAAACAAAGUCAAAAUAAAUUCAUAAACUAAUAUUCACAACACCCCAAAAUCACAAGUGAAUUGUAAUACUGGUAAAAGGCAGCUCCUUUACAAAGCACAAGAAGGAAUAUUCUAUUUCAAUGUAUAGUAGCAAGCUGCACUAAUGUAACAUUGGAACUUGGGCUAUUGGUAUUCUAUCUCAGAAUACAAAUUGAAGGCUAAACCCAUAGUCCUGGCACUUUUUAGUAAUGGUAGUAUUCUAAAAAGGGUGAGACAGUAUCUUAAUGUAGGCUGUCUCAGUCUUUUGUCAGGUUUAUUGUGACACGUCAGGUCAGUGAGAAGAUCCCACUGUACACCAUAUAUAGUGUAAACAUCUUAUUUUAUAAAGAUAACUAAAAUCAGUUCUUCAAAAACAAAGUGUUUAAAUGCUGAUGGAUAUAUCUUACAAGCAUAGUGAUCACACAUCACUGUGUGCAAGGCAAUACUUAAUACACCUGCAUAUAAUAUUACCUUAAAGUAGUGACAUGGGCCACUAACAAAUACCUGGUGUUUCGCCUGUAGCGCUUUUUUCAAAGGUGCGUACCGUCCAUUAAGCAAUGUCUUAUGUAGCCCCCAGAUGAUGUGCAUGGUGGUAAGUCCACCUUCUAAUUUCUCAUUUGAUGCUAGCAACAGGAAAGAAGCAAAAUAGAAUCGGUACUGUGGCAAAGACCGGUCUUCAUGUCAGACAAUUGAAAUCUGUUUUACCUUUUGUUUGAAAAUAAAAAAUAAAUAAAUAUUUCUCUCUAUCCUCUUGCACAAGCCGCCUCCUAGCACAUAACAUUAUAUUACUGCCUUGUUUAUAGUCAGCGCAAAUAUGUAAAAGCCAGCAACAUCUGGGUCCUAAAGAGGAGUUGGAAGGGGUGGGGGGGGGUCGUAAAAAAAAUAAAGAAAAUUGAUAUUCAUAAAUAAUGGGUCAGUUCAUACAUAAGAGUCCCAUUAUAUUGUCAAAAUAAAAGUCAGAUCAACCAAAGGGUAUAUGAUAUAAAUAGAAAAACAAAGAAAAUAAUUUAAGAAAAGAAAAUACAUUUUAAGUAAAAUUAAAUCUUAAAGGACCACUACAGGCACCCAGUCCACUUCAGCUCAAUGAAAUGGUCCGGGUGCCAGGUCCCCCCUAGUUUUAACCCUGCAGCUGUAAACAUGGCAGUUUCAGAGAAACUAUGUUUACAUUGCAGGGUUCAUCCAGCCUCUAGUGGCUGUCUCCCUGACAGCCACUAGAGGCUCUUCCGCGAUCCUCAUUGCGAAAAUCACAUUGAGCAUGCUGAACGUCCAUAGGAAAGCAUUGAGUAAUGCUUUCUUAUGGGCGGUUUGAACGUGCGGCUGCGCAUGCGCAUUCGGCUCCACUCGGGACUGACGUCGGCGGGGGAGGAGAGGUCCCCAAUGCCGAGGGAGUCCGGCGCUGGUUAAAGGUAAGUGGUUGAAGAAGUUUUAAGCCCCUUUGGCCCUGAGGGUGGGGGGGACACACACACCUAAUAACCCUAUAGUGCCAGGAAAACAAGUUUGUUUUCCUGUCACUAUAGUGGUCCUUUAAAUAUUGAAUAUAUUCCUUUUUAACCCAUAGAAAUCCAUAAUCCUAUAAUCGCAUAACAUGUUUAGGUAAUAUAUAAGGAGAAUUUUUCUUUUUUUUUUCAUACAAAGCUUAUACAGUUACAUCACAUUGAUAUAGUAGAUCUCCUGAAGGUAGGUUGCAGGGCAUCAUAUCAUGAUCAGUGUCACUUAAUCAACACCAUCUUCUUGUCUUUAAAAAAUAUAUUAUGCACUCUAUUAAGGGAGUCCAAGAUCCACCAACAAUAUUCUGAUACAAAUGAAAUUACCAGUAUAUCGAACAUUAGCCUCUCACCAGCCUACAUGGAGCUUGGCAUAGGAGGCAUAAAGCAUCCCCAUUUCAACAGUUGAAAAAUUUGAUUGUUGAACAGUUGUUUUGUGAUUGACUUGGCAAGGAUAAAUGGAAAUAGUUCAGUGUGUGCAGCUACGGACUCCCUCUCUGUUGCAAGUAAAAAUGGGUAUGUUGAAUACCUAUAUUAUG